CGUUUUUAUGAUCAGUGCACUGUAAACCGAUAAACAGUCGUCAAAAGAAGCACAGAACCCGGCCCAAAACCUAAAACCCUGAAAUUCCCAGUUCAAAGGUAAUUAAAGAACAAUGAAAUAAGGAGAAGGAAACAACAAUUGAGAGAGAGGGAGCCAGAUAGAUCCUUUACCGGUGUAAAUGUUUGCCGCGAGGAAAGUUCAUAGACAUUGCUUGAAAACACUCUCUUCUCUUCUCCUAUCCAAUCCUAACAGACAUGUUACGUUAGUAAAGGAUGUUAGUCCAAAGCUCAAUUGUAUAAAUGUAAUGCAAUCAAAUGAUAGUCGUGAAGAUGGGUUUUCCUCUUUUUCACCAUUGUAUCAUCCCUUCAAAGGUGGGUGGUGCCGAGGGAUGUCUACUUCUAAAGGAAGGAGCAUGAGAAGUAGGGUGGAGAAGCGGAUGCAAAAAGAAUCCGGUAAAACUGUUAGAGAGAUUCGGAGAGCAAAAAAGUUGAAGAAGAAAUUGAUGACUGAUGAGGAGAGGGAACUUUACAACCUCAAGAGAGCCAAGAAGAAAGUUGCUUUGCUCCUACAAAAGCUCAAGAAGUAUGAACUACCAGAGCUGCCACCCCCUGUGCAUGACCCUGAGCUGUUGACACUGGAGCAGCUUCAGGCAUAUAAGAAAAUUGGAUUCAGAAAUAGAAAUUAUGUUCCAGUUGGUGUCCGUGGAGUUUUUGGAGGAGUUGUUCAGAAUAUGCAUCUCCAUUGGAAGUUUCAUGAGACUGUACAAGUAUGCUGUGAUAACUUCCCCAAAGAAAAAAUAAAGGAAAUGGCCACCAUGCUAGCAAGACUGAGUGGGGGCAUAGUAAUAAACAUCCAUAAUGUGAAGACCAUUAUCAUGUUCCGAGGCAGAAAUUAUCGCCAACCAAAAAAUUUGAUACCCAUGAAUACCCUCACGAAAAGGAAGGCAUUAUUUAAAGCCAGAUUUGAGCAAGCUCUUGAAUCUCAGAAGUUAAACAUCAAGAAAAUAGAGCAGAAACUCCGACGAAUGGGUGUGAAUCCAGAGGAUCCAGUUGCCAUGGCUAGUAUCCAGAGAGUGGCUUCCACAUUCUUCAAUGCUAUUGACAAGAAGGAAGGAAGUCCUUAUGUCUUUCAAGGGGACAGAGAGUCAACAGCUCAGCCCUUCGAUAAUUUGGGACAUCAACAACCUGCUGAUGAUAGUGAGCAGGAGGAUCUGGACAAUUUUAUAGCUGAAAUAGAGGAUGCAGCAGAUAAGGAGUGGGCUGCAGAAGAAGCUGCAGAGAGAGAAGAAAUUGGCAGGAUUAGGUAUUGGAACAAAGAAGAUUUUGGUGGAAGGAUUAGAAGACCAGAAUUGCAUCGAAAUGACGUUUCAUAUGGAGAAGAUCAAGGAGCAAGGCGUUGGAAGGAUGCACAAGAGAAGCGGAGGAGUGCUGUUAGAGAUGAGGAUAGUGACAUGUCCGAGGACGGUGAUCAGUGGGAUUCUGAUGAUGUUAGGGAUGAGAGUAAUCUUGAGAGUGAUGCUGAUGAUUCUGAUGAAGUUCACAGUAGAUCUAGACAUUUACAGAGGAAUCAAGACAGAGUUCAGAGAAACAAUAAUAGCAAGGGUUUCAGAAGAAAUCCAGGAGGCAAAUUCAAAGGAGAGAUGGUCGAGGAAGAUUCUGAAGCUGACAGUGAAAUGUCUGAGGAAGAACAUAAAUUGAGAGCAUCAAGAGUGGAGGCAAGUCAUCGGUUUCAGAAUAAGGGGCGUAAAUCAGAAGAAAUGUUGAGCGACCUAGACGAUGCAAUGUGGGAAUCAAAUUCUGAGCAAGAAGACGACUUGACAGCUCGUCAAGAUUCGGGGUUCGAAGAUGCAUUUAAUGAUUCAGAAAUUGCAGUGUUGGAAUCAGAUACUGGUGAAGAAUUUGGAGCUGGCAGUGAAGGCAAAUACAAUCAUAGGCCAAGUGGUGGCAAUGACGAUUACUACCUGAAUCAAGAUGACAGGCACAGAGCGAAUAACAAGAAGACGACUCGGAAAGAGUUGGAUGAGAAUUGGGACAGUGAUUAGUUCAUUACUUGUGGAGACAUUCCACAUUCUUUCCAUGAUGAAUCACUCGGACGGACAAAAAGAAACUAUAUUUUUCAAACUUUUCUUUCUUUUCUUAUAUCAUUGAAAGCAGAGUCCGUGUUAGUUGAAUGUGACAAUGGUGGAGAAAAGAUUGUAUUUGUACCCUUUGACAGAGAAGGCAACAUAUAAGAUGAAGCAGUCUGAUGCAAUUUUGCUUCUGUUUUGAACAUUCACUGAAAGAAAUGAAGAUGGGGUUUAUCACUUA